CGUAUAUAAACAAGGAGCAGAGACCUUCAGAGUUGGGUGACCCCWAUUUUGGCAGUUGUGAACAGGAUCUGAUCCCACGGACUUACCUCUGUUCUUGUCGUGUGUGCAGUGUUAGAAAGCAAUCAUGCCUUUCGGAAACACCCACAACAACUUCAAGCUCAACUACACAGUUGAUGAUGAGUACCCAGACCUGUCCAAACACAACAACCAUAUGGCUAAGGUCUUGACCAAGGAGGUGUACGGCAAACUGAGGGACAAGCAGACACCCAGUGGUUACACUCUGGAUGAUGUCAUCCAGACUGGUAUUGACAACCCUGGUCACCCCUUCAUCAUGACUGUUGGCUGUGUCGCUGGUGAUGAGGAGUCCUAUGAGGUCUUUAAGGAUCUGCUGGAUCCCGUCAUCUCCGACCGUCAUGGUGGAUACAAGCCUACUGACAAGCACAAGACAGACCUCAACUUUGAGAACCUGAAGGGUGGUGACGACCUGGACCCUAACUACGUCCUGUCCAGUCGUGUUCGUACUGGUCGCAGCAUCAAGGGAUACACCCUGCCCCCCCACAACAGCCGUGGCGAGCGCAGAGCUAUUGAGAAGCUGUCUAUUGAGGCUCUGACCAGCCUGGAUGGUGAGUUCAAGGGAAAGUACUACCCACUGAAGUCCAUGACUGAUGCUGAGCAGGAACAGCUGAUCAAUGAUCACUUCCUCUUUGACAAGCCUGUUUCUCCCCUGCUUACCUGCGCUGGUAUGGCCCGUGACUGGCCCGAUGCCAGAGGUAUCUGGCACAACGACAACAAAACCUUCCUGGUCUGGGUGAACGAGGAGGAUCACCUGCGUGUCAUCUCUAUGCAAAAGGGUGGCAACAUGAGGGAGGUCUUCAGGCGUUUCUGCGUUGGCCUGCAGAAGAUUGAGGAGAUCUUCAAGAAGCACAACCAUGGCUUCAUGUGGAACGAGCAUCUCGGCUACAUCCUGACCUGCCCCUCCAACCUGGGUACCGGCCUGCGCGGUGGCGUCCACGUCAAGCUGCCCAAGCUCAGCACACAUCCCAAAUUUGAGGAGAUCCUCACAAGGCUGCGUCUGCAGAAGCGUGGCACAGGUGGUGUGGACACUGCAUCUGUGGGUGGUGUGUUUGAUAUCUCCAACGCUGACCGUCUAGGCUCCUCUGAGGUAGAUCAGGUCCAGCUGGUGGUUGAUGGUGUCAAGCUGAUGGUUGAGAUGGAGAAGAAGCUUGAGAAGGGAGAGGCCAUCGACAGCAUGAUCCCCGCACAGAAGUAAAGAGGGACAAUCUUUGCUUUCACUUGUGACCAUUCAUGUACGAUGGAGCCGUCUGACGGGUGAGCAGAGACCGGCCGCUCAAAUAGAGACUCUUGCCUCUGCCAACCUUUGAUCUUCCUUCCAACUUUUUUUUCUUUUCACGUCUUUUUGUCAAGUUUUCCAGGGUUGGUGGGUAACAUCCUGGGAAUCACCUACUUUUUGUUAUAAAAAGUAACGAUAGCUGCACCUGUUCAUACUGUUCAAUAAAAAGUGCCCCAUGAAAAA